CCGGCUGAGAGUCGUUUUACGACAGUGUGGCCGAUCGCGGGCUUGCUUUGCGGUAACGUGGACUGACGCCUCGCUCAAUUUCCGACAGCGUAACGCAGAUAGCCCCCUGGUGCGAAUGGGCCACGGUAGGAGUUUGAAAGUUCGAGUCCCAAUACGGGAAUGAGCCUCUUUGACCUCUUCCGGGGUUUUUUCGGCUUUCCUGGACCUCGGAGCCACAGAGAUACCUUUUUUGGAGGGAUGACUCGGGAUGAAGAUGAAGAUGAGGAGGAAGAGGAAGAAGAAGGAGCCACCUGGGGCCGUGGGAGCCCGAGGUUUGAUGGUCCCCAGCCCUCUGAGGAAUUUGGCUUCAGCUUCAGCUUCAGCCCAGGAGGAGGGAUGCAUUUUCACGAUAACUUUGGCUUUGAUGACCUAGUACGGGAUUUCAAUAGCAUCUUCAGCGAGAUGGGGGCCUGGACCUUGCCUUCCCAUUCUCCUGAACUUCCAGGUCCUGAGUCAGAGACACCUGGUGAGAGACUGCGGGAGGGACAGACACUUCGAGACUCAAUGCUUAAGUAUCCAGAUAGUCACCAGCCCAGGAUCUUUGGGGGUGUCUUGGAGAGUGAUGCAAGAACUGAAUCCCCUAAACCAGCACCAGAAUGGGGUUCCCAGAGACCUUUUCAUAGGUUUGAUGAUAUAUGGCCUGUGACCCCCCAUCCUAGAGCCAGAGAGGACAAUGAUCUUGAUUCCCAGGUCUCCCAGGAGGGUCUUGGCCCAGUUUUACAGCCCCAGCCCAAAUCCUAUUUCAAGAGCAUCUCUGUGACCAAGAUCACUAGGCCAGAUGGGACAGUAGAGGAGCACCGGACUGUGGUGGACAGUGAGGGCCGGACAGAGACCACAGUAACCCGACAGGAGGCAGACAGCAGUCCUAGAAGUGAUCCAGAAUCACCAAGACCUCCAGCCAUGGAUGAUGCCUUUUCCAUCCUGGACUUAUUCCUAGGACGUUGGUUCCGGUCCCGGUAGCCUUGUUAACCCUCAGUGGCCUUUAGGUCCUUUCCACCUCCCACUGGUUGCCCAUUAUCAAUAAGCUUAGCUUCUCCUGUCACCUUAGGGCCUUGGGUAUGUGGAAUAGUGAAUUUGGGAUAUGUCAGUAUAUCACCCAAACUGACCAAUAAAACCUUUAUUUAUGCUAA